AUGGAUUCUCAACUUAUGGAGGCAAUAAGGAGCAACGAUGUAUCCACAUUCAUCAAUUUAGUUCGAGAAAACGAAGGAAUUCUUGAGCAAAAAUCAGUUUGCUUGAACACAGCCUUACACUAUGCAUCGAUGUUUGGACACAUUGACAUAGUCUCAGAAAUUAUCAAGUUAAGUCCUGACAUGAUUGCUGCUGAGAACAAAGACAUGGAGACUCCAUUUUAUGAAGCUUGUCGCCAAGGGAAUGUCAACGUAAUAAAGCUGCUAUUGGAAGCUAAUCCCAGUGCAGCUUUUAUGCUCAACUCUGAAAGGAAGAGUGCAUUCUUUGUGGCUUGCAGUCAUGGCCAUCUCGACGUGGUGAAUCUCCUGCUUACUCAACCUGGAUUGCUGGAUUUAGAGGAAGCUGGGCUUGACCUGACUUGUAUACAUGUAGCUGCAUCCAGAGGACACUCAGAUGUUAGAGAGAUACUAAACACGAACCCCAACUUUGCCAAAAAGAUGGACGAGAAAGGGAAUUCACCAUUGCACUAUGCUUGUAAGGGGGGCAACAACGAGAUAACCUGGAUGCUCCUUGAGCAUGAUCCGAAUCUUGCUCUUCAAUAUAACAACAAUGGUUACACACCCCUGCACUUAGCAGCAAUACAUGGUGAAAUUUCAGUCCUUGAAGAAUUUGCAUCAAAGGCUCCUGCAGCUUUUCAUUAUCUCACUAAAGAGGAAGAAACAAUCUUUCAUUUGGCUGUGAGAUAUGGCAAAUAUGAAGCUUUACUGUUCUUGGUACAUUCCUCUAAUGGUACAAAUAAUCUUCUUCAUUGUCAAGAUCGAUAUGGUAACACAGUUUUACAUCUUGCAGUCUCUAGAGGGCGUCAUCAGGUGAGAAAUUACCGAGUUCUUGAUCAGACAAAGGAGAGUGCAGAAACUGGGCAUCUUGGGGCCAUAUUGACAAGAGCUGGAGGAGAAAGAAGUAUUGAUAUGAUGACUUAUUCACCAGAAACAUUAUCUCCAGGGAAGAGUUAUGUUUUUGAAUCAGACAUGUCCAUCGCGAACGAAAAUGGUAUCUCUUCUUUGCCAGAGACGGCCUUCAAUCAGCAAAGGAGCCAGAGCAAGAACAGAAGGUCACCAUCCCAGAAGUACCAACGCCAAGAGAUAUUCAACAAUGAAGCAAGCAAUUUGCAAAAGCACAAAAGUCCCAGUAAAAAGAAUGCGGUAGAACUACCAAUAGACCUUUCCAAAAACUGCCAAUUCAAGCAGCAUAAGGUAUACAGAGAGGCACUACAGAAUGCCAGGAACACAAUCAUACUAGUUGCUAUUUUGAUUGCCACAGUCACGUUUGCAGCCGGAAUAAGCCCUCCCGGUGGUGUUUAUCAGGAAGGAUUGAUGAAAGGGAAGUCGAUGGUGGGCACAACAACAGCUUUCAAGGUGUUUUCAAUAAGCAAUAAUGUGGCAUUGUUCACAUCUCUGUCCAUAGUAGUUGUCCUUGUGAGUAUCAUCCCCUACAGAAGAAAACCUCAGAUGAGACUAUUGGUGGUUGCUCACAAGGCGGUGUGGGUGGCUGUGGCCUUUAUGGCAACAGGUUAUGUUGCAGCCACAUGGGUCAUCAUGCCUCACAGCGAGGGGACUGAUCUCUUGCUUGUGGCAACACUGUCUUUAAGCGGUGCAACCCUGGGAGUCAUUUUUAUUGGUCUUGUUGUUCUGCUAAUUGAUCACAGGGUCAGGAAAGUGAAGUGGAGAAAACUCAGAACUGGAAGGUGGGGAUUUGCUGACGCAGAAUUGGAAAGCCAGAAUUCUGAUGUUGAAAGCUCAUACCAACAAGGAUAUCACUCAUACUGAAUGGUUUUUCACCAAUUACCAUUCAAAAAAGUUUAUGAUCAAUGCAUUGUUUAAAGGAGAUUUUAAUUGGUUA